CGCGCAGCUCUGUGUCUCUCUCUCUCUCUGUCUCUGUCUUUCUCUCUCUCUCUCUGUCUUUCUCUGUCUCUCUCUCUGUCUUUCUCUCUCUGUCUUUCUCUCUCUCUCUCUGCCUCUCUCUCUCUCUCUCUCUCUCUCUGCCUCUCUCUCUCUCUCUCUCUCUCUCUCUCUCUCUCUCUCUCUCUCUCUCCAUAAGUUUAAAUAAAGAAAUAAUGGCCCCAUUGUUUGCAGUUCACCGUACACGCAGCUGUCAAUAUGCAUCACUAUCAUUGUUUACAAUCGGUGUAGGUUCGCCCAUACAAAGGCAGCUCUGUAUUUUAGGCAAAAUAGAGAGGCUCUCGCCUCCCACAUCUCCACACUUCAUGAUCAGGGACCUAUGAUGCCAUGGGAGAUGAUGGCAGUGAAGGAGGUGCUUUUGUGGUGUUUUCUGGGCGCUCUGCUUGUGUCGGGGGUUGGAUCGUUGUGUGUUCCCUCUCAGUGUCUUGAUUGUGAAAAAACAACAAAAGUUCCGGCACUGAACGAAUCCUCAGAGGUUUGCGAUGUCUGCGCAAAUAACACAUGCUUUUCUGUCCUCAAACUUGAUGUUAUGGGCUCACACCAGUCGUACUCCCCAAGACCAGAUGCCACGGCCCAUCUGAACCCCAGCUCCGAAUAUUCCGUGAAUGAGGGAGACAACCUCAUUCUGCACUGCGACCACAACCUGCCGUUAGUGGACCUGUUUGAGUGGCUGCGGGACGGGGAAGUGCUCGAAUGCUCGAAUGUCAGCAAAGUCACACUGAAGGCGUUCAGCACGGCCAAGGGAGCCUACCGAUGCAGGGUCCGAAGUCCCUGUGGCAACUUCACCUCCGAGGAACAGCAGCUGGAUGUUGAAGACGGCAGUGUGCUCUUGGUGGUACUGUGUGGUUCCUGUGCCGUGGUGUUGGUGCUGGGGAUGGGAGCCUCCAUGAAGUACAAGCAGAAGAAAGAGCAAGCUGCUCAAAAGAGGCGACAGGAGGAGCGCGCCAAGGCACUCCAGAUGACCUCAAGCAUGACUCCGAGAAAUAGCUGAAAAAGUUUGUUUAAAGUCGUGGUGGGUGUGAACUGGGCCAGGGGCGAUUCUAGGUUGCAUUAACAUCCGGGGCUUAGCCCAGUGGGAAAAGAAAAGGAUCCCUUUGCGCAUUCAAUUAUUUUUUUUUUGUCCGCUUUAUUGUGCAUGCAAAUGUUUUCUGAAUGCUUUACCUAAAUAAACAAAAAUACGCGGUU